AUGUACCGAUCACCAAUCCACCUAAACGACCAGAGGGGCCGAAGAGCCCGGGAAGAUCAACCGACAGUCAUCGGCGUGGGCGAGGAAAGAGAGCUGGGUCGUAGACGUGUCGUCUGGCUCCGGAUCGCCACCGUCCCACGGCGAUUGGGCCGUGGGCAAGGGAACUUGCCAAGAGGGCACCUCUUCCCCCAUCGACCCGCUAACCACGGACGGCGUUUGGGGAGAUUGAGGGGUCCCGCGCCCGCGUCGGUCCACCGUGCUUCCGCGACGCGCGUUGCCGGGGCCCGGCCGCCGGCGCUGGGUCGACUGGCCCGCCGACCGGUCGCGGCGUCGGGACGGGUCACAGCUCAGGAAGCUCAGGGGGCGUUCUUUCCGCCAGUGUUGACGGAGGGCAUCGGCCACUUCGCGCUGGAUGAUCAGGGACCGGUACCGUCGGCCCACCGGGUGGUAGUGAUGUUCAUACGUGGUCGGGGCGAAGUUGGGGAGGAGGAGCAGAGCCCCCCAGCCCCCGAGCUCGUCCGCCAGGCUCAUGUACCGGCGCCCGGCGCCCAGCCACUUGGGGAGACUGGCGGCCAGCGUCGGCUCGACCCCGGGCGAGACCAGCUUCGCCUGGACCAGAAGGCGACAGAUCUCCGCCGUGUCGCUGACGCCCGCGAUCUGCUCGUCGACGAAUUCCACGAGGAAGCACAGGAGCAGCCGCGAGCGGACGUGGUUGACCGUGAUCUCGGUGUCGAGACGGUUCAACAGGCGGACGACCGAGUCCAACAUGGAACACGUGGGGCGCGUGGGCGAGGUCUCUGCGACCGGGUGGAAGAAGGAGUCGGGGUCGGCGGCCCAGUUCCAGAUGACCGCCUCCACCUCGGGGCUGAAGUCCCCGGGGCUCCAAUCGUCGCACAGCUUGUUGACCAGCCGGUUCUUGCUCUUGCGUCGGCGGGUCGGGGGUUGCCGCGGAGGGCCGGGGUGCCAGUCGUUGCACAGGCGAUAGAGCUCGUCCAGCUCGGUCGCGAACUGUUCGGCCCGGACAAGCACGCGUACCUCGUCGUCGUCCAUCAGCUUUUCCAUGUCGUCUUGGUUGUUGAGCAUGGCUGCCAGGACGCGGAUGCUCUCGCAGAUCUCGCCGAAGGCCAUGGUGCUACUUGGCGGGAGGAGGGAGGAGGGAGGAAAAAUUCGAUCGAGCGUGGAGCGGAUGGUGGGUAUGAUUUAUACCAUGGCGGACGCGUUGGCGGUCACUUGGAGGACACGUCCAGAUUGAGCGACGUUUCUGGACAGGGGCGGACGCGCUCGACGAGGGCGACGACGUUGGACACAAGCGUUGUCGUAGGCGAUGAUUCCCCCACGAGAGCACCCUCCGAGGCCGGUCCAACAGUCUCCUGA